CCGGGCGGGAUGGGCCUCUGUGUCCCCUUCGCCUCUCUGCGGAGGCUGCGGGUGGUUCUGCCCCGCUCGUCAGACCUGGGAAGUUGUAACAUGUCCGCAAGUUUCAUUCGCGUUCAGUGGAAGAGUCAUGAUCCAAAGAUACUCGCUUCCUAAGAGCUGACGGAAGGCGUGAAGAAAGAUUUACGUGCUUUUUUUGAGGGGUUCAGGCAUUUCUGACAUCAGGAACAUUGUCUGAUGAUGUGGAUCUGCAGGAGAGCAUCUCUGUCUUCAGGGAACAACCUGGGUACCUUGUGUGAAAGCCAGGGAGGAUGUGGGGAGACAGCAGUGAGUGAAGGCUGAUCUUCCUGUUCACGUGUCUAUAAUCAUACCCAGGAGCCAGGCUUCAGAGGGGAUUUAGCACUGGAAGGUGAUGGACUUGUUGCUGAUCUUCUGCUGUUGCCCUCUUGGAUGAACAAUUGUAUCCUGGUGCCUCACGUGGCUGUUCUAAUCUACCUUUCUGUUCCAUCACUCCCUGUGCUGAUUUCUUGCUGCUCUUUCUUGAGUUGCUAACGCUUUUCCUCAGCUUUUGCAUUUGUUUGGAGCCUGGUUCAAGAUUGUUCUAGUCUGAGAAACAGUCACUGAAUGUUUGUGCUCUUUCUUCAGUCACUGCCUCUCUGCUCUCUCGCUGUAACAGCAAGUAUGAAGAGCUAGUGAAGACGGUUGGUUGUGGAGACAUCUGGUUGUAACAAAAAACUCUUAACAAGCAUUGUUCUGUUAUCCUGCUGAUGCAGCUUCUGAACAGAGGUCAGCUGUGGACUAUGCAGUUUCCAAACAACAAAAACCUUCUCCAGAGUCGAGUCUGUCCUGCUGACAUCCAGGCUGUACUGGUCUUGUGAGCUAUGGUGGCCAGAGUGUGCAGCUUUGUGCUCUGCACUCAGGUUUGCAGUAACUUUAAUGUUGAUGGUGACUGCACUGCUGUUCAGCUGUUGGGAAAGACAGUGCCUGGAAGGAUGGUGUCUCCUCUGUCUUCAUCAGCAUGUUGGUGUCUACCUUCUGCCACAAGACUUCAUCUUUGGAGAGGAUGGAGGAGGAAGGUGACGAUGAGGAAGAUGAUGAAUUGGACAUCUUCGGGGGUUAUGACAGCUUCCGGGGCUACAACAGCAGCAUGGGCAGCGACAGCAGCUCCUGUCUGGAUGAGUCUAGUGAUGAUGAGGUGGUAGACCGGGAAGCUGGAGAGCUUCCAACCUCUCCUGUGCACCAGCCAUCCACAGGCCGCCUCACAGAGGACAGCGGCUCUGAGCCAGCUGUGUGCGAGAUGUGUGGGAUUGUGGGCACCAGGGAGGCUUUCUUCUCCAAGACCAAACGUUUCUGCAGCGUCUCCUGCUCCAGAAGCUAUUCCUCAAACUCCAAGAAGGCCAGCAUUCUGGCCAGACUGCAGGGGAAGCCACCAACAAAGAAAGCUAAAGUCCUGCACAAGGCAGCCUGGUCAGCCAAGAUUGGGGCCUUCCUCCAUUCGCAGGGCACAGGGCAGCUGGCAGACGGGACACUGACAGGCCAGGAUGCACUCGUCCUGGGCUUUGACUGGGGGAAGUACCUGCAGGAGCAUGGCUUCAAGGCAGCUCCUGUCAGCUGCUUCAAACACGUGCCACUCUUUGAUCAGUGGGAUGAUGUGGUGAAAGGUAUGAAAGUGGAAGUGCUGAACAGUGAUGCCGUGCUCCCCAGCCGUGUGUACUGGAUUGCAUCUGUCAUCCAGACUGUAGGGUACAGAGCCCUUCUGCGAUAUGAGGGCUUUGAGAAUGAUGCUGGCCAUGACUUCUGGUGCAAUUUGGGCACAGUGGAUAUUCACCCCAUUGGCUGGUGUGCCAUCAACAGCAAAAUCCUGGUACCGCCUCAAACUAUCCAUGCCAAGUACACUGACUGGAGGAGUUACCUCAUGAAAAAACUGGUGGGAGCCAGGACCAUCCCAGUGGAUUUCCACAUCAAGAUGGCAGAGAGCAUGAAGUACCCAUUCCGGCAGGGCAUGCGGGUAGAGGUGGUGGAUAAGAACCACGUAUCCCGGACGCGCAUGGCAGUGGUGGACACGGUGAUCGGGGGCAGACUGAGACUCCUCUAUGAGGAUGGUGACAGUGAUGAUGACUUCUGGUGCCACAUGUGGAGUCCCCUCAUCCAUCCUGUGGGCUGGUCACGGAGGGUGGGCCACAGCAUGAAGAAGACAGAAGAAAAGCGCAGUGACAUGGCAAACCAUCCCACCUUCCGGAAGAUUUACUGUGAUGCUGUCCCCUAUCUGUUUAAGAAGGUACGAGCUGUCUAUGCUGAAGGUGGAUGGUUUGAGGAAGGCAUGAAACUGGAGGCCAUUGACCCCCUGAAUCUGGGCAACAUUUGUGUGGCCACUGUUUGCAAGGUCCUCUUGGACGGGUAUCUCAUGAUCAGCAUUGAUGGAGCCACGUCUGCCGAUGGGUCUGACUGGUUCUGCUAUCAUGCCUCCUCGCAUGCCAUCUUCCCCGUCAACUUCUGUCAGAAGAACAACAUCGAUCUGACCCCUCCAAAAGGGCAAGAUGCACAGAGCUUCAACUGGGAAAGUUACCUGGAAAAGACUAAAUCAAGACCAGUUCCAGCACGGCUCUUCAACACAGACUGCCCAAACCACGGCUUCAAGGCAGGCAUGAAGGUGGAAGCAGUGGACCUGAUGGAGCCCCGACUCAUCUGCGUGGCCACGGUGAAGCGUGUAGUCCACCGUCUGCUUAGCAUCCAUUUUGAUGGCUGGGACAACGAGUAUGACCAGUGGGUGGACUGCGAGUCUCCAGACAUUUAUCCUGUGGGGUGGUGUGAGCUCACAGGCUACCAGCUUCAACCACCUGUUGUUCCAGGAAAAAAGUUACCUGCCAAAACACACAACAUCAAGCAGACUGUCAAGAAGCCUUCCACACAGAAGACGAAACGAGAAGCAAAAGCUGCCAGCAAGGCUUUGCCAGAGCCAGCACCUGAUGAGAUCAUUGCCGUGCAGGUAAAGGAAGAAACCAUCGACCCCUCGAUAGAGUUUGGAGCCACAGAGCUUCCCAUUCCUGUCAGCAGCAUAAAGCAGGAGGUCACAGACUGAUCCUGGAGUAUCCCCCAGCUGCCCGCAGCAUCCUGUGCUUCACCUUGUGGCUCUUUGGGGAAGGUCCUGGCAAAGGGAAGCAGAAGACUAAAAGAGCCUUCCCUUUUUGAGGCAGGCAGACCACCCUGCAACAUCACAACUCUGCUUUCCUGGCAUGCAAGAAAAUUUCCCCCAGACUUGUCAUUUUAAGUCCUGGGAAAUGGACUCCAGAAAGGGCAGAGGCGUGACCAGGAUGACCGCUGUGCGCACCUGGCCUUGAAGGCACCUUUCUGAGCAGGAGCUCCCAGCGGGGAAAGAGGCUGCCAGAGCACGAAGGGGCAAAAUUUGGGUUCUCAACUGUGGCUGGAGAUGGUGAGCUGCAGUCUGAGAUGAUGCGUGCAGGUCACAUGCAUCAGGAAAUCAGCUGCCCUUGUAGGACAUCAGUGCUAUGCUCCCUGGUCUAGACCCUGCAACCCCCCAGAAAGUCAGGAAGAGUAGAAAGAGGUGGGGAAAAAAAACAAACCAAAAAGGAAUGAUGAUGCCUCUUGAGGGUGCGAGAGACCUUUUUGAGUGUCAUCACUUCUUGCUUUUGAACCCAGAACUGCAGAGGACAUGGUGCACAGUUUGAAUUUUUAAUUUUUUUAGCAGUCCUAUUGUAAAUUUGAUCUACAAUCUGUACCCUAAAGCCCUGUGAAUUAAACUUGAGGAAGAGGCUGAAGGCUUGUGAAUUGUUAUGGUGACCCGGAAAACCCCAGGGUUAGCCAAGAUGGGGAGAAGAAAAGGGCUGUAAGUGGGUGGGCAUAAGUAAACAGUGUUUUGUAUUGGGGGAUUCUUUAUUUUUGAGGUGUGCAAUAGGCUUUUUCUGUGCACUUGCCCCUGUCUAUUUGCCAGUUCUGCUGAGUACCACACUAACGCAACAGAUAACUUAACUUAAGGUGGGGGAUGCCAUUUCCCCUUUUGGAGCAAAACUGUCACAUUCCUCUCUUUCCCCAGACUGGCUAUCAAAAUUCAGGACAGAAAUCAGAAAGGUCAGUGUGGCAAUGGCGAUGAAAACCAGUUUUAAAUCUUCUGUAGCAAGUUCCUGUGAACUUUCUGCAGGCAAGGAUGUGCCUUGCCUGCUGGUGCCGCUCCAGGGCCUGGCCGGCUGUAGGGCAAGUGCCCUGUCAGACCUACAGGGAAAUGGUGGCUGCCCAGGACACCGCCUGGGCCACGAAAUGGCUGCCUUGGCCAUGUUCCCCUCAAGAGCUUGUGAUGCCAAAAUAGUUCCCACUUUGCACAGUGGUUCAUGAC